AAAACAAAAAAUAAAACAUAUAUAAUAUAUAUCCUCAGACUCACUGGAUCAGGAUUCGGGAAAUAAAGGUUCAAACCAGAGGUGAGGAGAGUAAUUAAAAAAAAAAAGAGGGAAAUAGGAGGCGUAAGAAAGUAAUAGAUUAAAUCAAAGAUGAAUUGGAGCUGCUCCACCGCCACCACUUGUGGCAUUUCUUCUUCCUCCUCCUGCUUUUCUUGCCCGCCCAAAACCCCUUCUUUCCGCUCCGUAAUUCGAGCAUCUAAAGUGGAACCGUCGGAUAAGUCGGUGGAGAUAAUGAGGAAGUUCUCGGAGCAGUAUGCUCGUAAAUCCGGAACUUAUUUCUGCGUCGAUAAAGGAGUCACUUCUGUUGUCAUUAAGGGGUUGGCUGACCAUAAGGAUUCACUGGGUGCACCUCUUUGCCCCUGCAGGCAUUAUGAUGACAAAGCUGCAGAGGCUGGGCAGGGCUUUUGGAACUGUCCAUGUGUUCCCAUGAGAGAGAGGAAGGAGUGCCACUGCAUGCUCUUUCUCACUCCAGAUAAUGAUUUUGCUGGAAAGGAUCAGACAAUCUCAUUGGAAGAAAUCAGGGAAACCACAGCAAAUAUGUGACGUCUUGUGUAUUGAAUUGCUCACUUAAUGAGUUAUCGCUUUGCAUUUUGCAUAAACAUUCUGUACUUAUCAUGUGUAUGUAUAUCAUAUGCUAUACUUGCUAAUUGGAAGGGAAAAAAAGAGAGCAAAAAAGACAUCUGAGUUCUGAAUCUGUACCCCUGACAUAUUCCACAAAAGCUUUUGCAUGGCAAUGACUUGUUGACAUA